AUGACCAAAGACCACCGCACCGUCGACCUAACCCUCGCCGGUCCCGACCGCGUCCGCGCCUUCCUAACAAACUAUACCCUCCUCAACCCAAGCUACCAAGGCUUCGACCGCGAGAUCCUCAAAUCCCUCGUCCUCGUCUCCGCAACCCCCACCACCGCCGUCUUCGAGCUCACCAUAAAACCCGCCUACACCAACGGCCUCAACAACCUCCACGGCGGGUGCGCAGCGCUCAUCUACGAUAUCUGCACCUCGGCGGCGCUGAUGGUUAUCGCGCGGGAGGGCUUCUGGGAGUUUGUCGGCGUGUCCCGGAACCUAAACGUCACGUACAUCCGCCCCGUGCCGUGCGGCACAAAGGUCACGAUCCUGUCGGAGGUGGUGCAUGCUGGGCAGCGGCUGGCGACGAUUAGGGGCGUUAUGAAGACGGAGGAUGGGAAGGUUGUCAGUACGGCGGAGCAUACAAAGGUGAAUCUUACGAAUGUGCCGGGGAAGAGCCAGUUGUAG